CAGAUGUUCUGAAUCAUUUCGACUCGUAAAACCAGUGAUAUGCUAAGAGGAGGGAAGCCCCGAGGGUGAUCUGUUGAGAAUUAUUACAGAAUAAUAAGAAUGUCAUCAGAAGGAUUCCAGAUCCAAGACAAGAAGAACAGCAGGUGUACUGAUGAGGAACAGGUAGCCCAGGACACAUCAUUGGGAUCUUCUCAGACAGGCUCGUCCUUUGAUUUGAAUGAAGGAGCGAGCAUAGAAGACAACAACGAAACAGACGACUGUGAUAUCAUCAUGGCUGAGGAGAAUGAUGAUGAUGAUGAUGAGAAAGCAAAGGAUAGUAAUGAAGAAGGUGCUUCAACUAAUUAUAGAAGCACAUCGAGGGAAGGGAACGGAAAAAGAAGAACGGUGAGACAGUAUGUUAGAUCAAAGAUGCCUCGCCUUCGAUGGACUCCUGAACUUCAUCUCUCGUUUGUUCAAGCUGUUGAAAGGCUUGGUGGUCAAGAGAGAGCCACACCAAAGUUGGUGCUUCAGCUAAUGAAUGUGAGAGGGCUUAGCAUUGCUCAUGUCAAGAGUCACUUGCAGAUGUAUCGAAGCAAGAAACUUGAUGAGGCCGGGCAAGUUGUUGGACGAAGAUACAGAUCACCAUCAACCCAAAUGGAAGGUCUUAUGUCUCAGAUAUCGCAUUAUCAUCAGUCUCGAAACGCUCAUCACCAAUAUUUGAAGAUGGGAAACGGGGGAAUCAUCCUGGCCAGUAAUAAUUGUAAUGACCAAACUAGCGUCGUCGGCCCAGGUCUCUAUCUGCCCUCCUUCGCCCUAUCUUCACGUCCACACACAAAGCCUCCUGAUGAUUCCUGGCAGCAAUCACAUCAAUGGCACUUGGAUCAUCAACCUAUGAAUCUGCAAGAAAAAAGGUGGCCUCCAUUAGAGAUGAUGAACGCUCAUCAAUGGAAGUUCAGAAGGUUACCCACCAAUCAUCACGCUGCUUGGAGUAAUGCCAGCUCAAAACCAGAUCCUCCACAUCAUUCAAACUUCAACCACUACUCUCACAAUCACAGUAACCAUUGCAAUAACUUUGAAACCCCGUUUCGGAUCCAGCUUAACGAAGCGAUGCUGCGGGAAGAAAAACAAUGGGUGCCUGAUGAUUUGCAGUUGGAGCUGAGUCUGGGAGGUGGCAAAGACGACAUCCAAGAAAUUAGCACUGAGCUUUCACUUUCUUAGAACUUCUCUCUAUUAUUUAUUUAUUUUUAACACUUGCAAAUACCCCCUACAUGGAAAUCAAAAUCAUAAACCCGGGCCCACGUGUCAGCCACAAGAUCAAAGU